CAUACACAUUAAAGCAAACAUGGCCGAAGCUAACGGAGAUCCGAUCCCUGAGGAGCAGAAGAUGGAUGAGGAAGUUCAGGGUGAAGCUCAAGCCAGCGACGAACCCAUGGAAACAGAAACCUACGUGAAGACGGAUAACUAUGACAAGUACCUAGGCAUGGGCUUCUCAGAUAAAGUAGCUGAGAAGCUGGAUCAAAUUGUCACAGAACUCUCAGGGCAGGGUCUUUUACAAGAUGAUCUUCUGGAUGACCGAGCAUUGGAAGCUCUGAAAGGACUGGAUGAUGAGAGUUCAAUCGGCGUUCUCAAGCAGUUCAGUACCAGUGACCUGACGCAUGUCAACAACAAGAGCGCGUUCAUCUGUGGCGUCAUCAAAACAUUCAGACAGAAGAGUCGGAGACCGGGAGGAGCGCCAGCCCCCGCUGACCAUAAAGGACCAGACGAUGCCAAGAUAAAGGAAAUGUUAGAAAGGACAGGUUACUCGCUGGAUGUGACGACGGGACAGAGGAAAUACGGAGGACCACCACCAAACUGGGAGGAGGAUGCCCCUGGGCCUGGAUGUGAGGUGUUUAUCGGCAAGAUUCCCAAGGAUACCUUUGAGGAUGUCUUGGUGCCUCUGAUUGAGAAGUGUGGUAAGAUAUUUGACCUGAGGUUGAUGAUGGAUCCCAUGUCUGGUCUGAACCGAGGCUAUGCAUUCACCACUUUUUGUGAUAAGGCUGGGGCACAGGAGUGUGUCAAACAGCUAAAUGGCCACAAAAUCAAAGAAAACUGGCAGAUCAACUGCAACAUCUCGAUUCCCAAGAGCAGACUGUUUGUUGGCUCCGUCCCCAAGAACAAGUCAAAGCAAGAAAUCAAAGAAGAAUUUGAGAAGGCCACAACUGGUUUGUUGGACGUCAUCAUUUACCACGGAGAAGACAAGACAAAGAAUCGUGGCUUUGCCUUCCUGGAAUAUGACAGUCACCGCUCCGCCAACACAGCUCGUCGUCAGCUGAUGAGUGGUAAAGUCCGAGUGUGGAACACCAUGGUAACGGUGGACUGGGCAGAUCCUGUCUCUGAACCAGACGAAGAAACCAUGGCCAAGGUAAAGGUGGUGUAUGUUCGCAACCUUGCCCCUGAAGCCACAGAGGAGAUCAUCAAGGAACACUUCAAACAGUACGGUGAAAUAGAGAAGGUGAAGAAGAUGAAGGAUUAUUGCUUCAUUCAUUUCACGGAGAGGGAAGCUGCUGUAAAGGCUAUUGAAGAGGCGAAUGGGUCGUCAUUCCAAGGACAGGAGAUCGAAGCUUCACUUGCCAAGCCACCAACAGAGAACAAGAAGAAGAAAGAGAGACAGAUGAAGCAACAUCAGGGAUACCCAGGAGGGAGAUAUUACGAUGACUUCUAUGGUCCCAUGCGCGGAGGUCGUGGACGUGGUGGCCCACGCGGCAGAGGUGGAUUUGACCGUGGUGAGCGAGGCUUCCGAGACUUUGGCUACGGUGGUGGUUAUGACGAAGGUUACUAUGGUGGCUACCCAGGGGGCUAUGACGAUCCUUAUGACUACCAAGGAGGGUACUACGAUCGCGGGUAUGAUGGCUUCGGGUAUGGUGGACGUGGACAAGGUGUUGGUCCUCGUGGGCGUGGUGGUCCACGUGGUGGUCGUGGUGGAAUGGGAGGGCCACGCGGGGGACCAGGCAACAGGGGUGGACCUCGGGGUGGCAGGUCACGUGGGGGUCAGCAGCAGCAGCGAGGGGGACGUGGUGGCGCUGGUAAUCGAGGUGGCCGUGGUGGAAACCGAGGUGGUAACGUGAGCGGGAAGAGGAAGUUUGAAGGGCAGCAACCUGCUGACACCAAGCGACGCAACACCCAGGGUGGCUGGGGGGCUCAGCCCAUUGCUCAGCAACCUCUUGGUGAAUACUCACAGUCCUACGACUACAGCCAGAGCUACGGUGACCAAUCCUGGUCACAGGAUAACUACGCCGGCUUCUAGACAUCAUGACCCCUGACCUGACCCAACCCCUUUGGUGGAAAUGAUAGCCAUUCAAUGUCCUACUGGAGCUUGCCCAAGCCAAGGUGAAUACAAAACCAUCUUGUAUCACUUCAUUGGCUUCCCAUUGUAUCAUAAUGUCCAAUGGCCCAUUCCCACCAAAAAAGGGAAAAAGAACCAAAACUCUUGUAUAUAGACGCGUUCCCAAAUGUCAGAUUGAAAUACGUCAGCACUUGAAUCACCGCACUGUGAAAGAGACUCCAAAAUUGAAACUCAGAUCAGAUAACUGUAUCAAGAAAUCAACUUUAAUAUGUCCAAAAUGACUCAUUCUUAAUUGAAAAAACAAAACAACCGCUUGACAUGUCAUUUUGUGAAACUUGCAGAAAACUUGACUAUACCCAGCCAAUUGUCCUUGUAAAAAAAUGAAUUCCGUGAUUAAUAGAGUGAGCUUUAAAAAUAUAAAAACAGGUGAUAGUUUCAGAAAACAACAACUAAAUGUUUACAGCCAUGUUUAUCAACCAAGUCCUGCACAUUUAAUCUAGUUUUUCACUUGUGGACAUUGAACACUUAUUGUGAGACAAUUUUAAUCAUUCUCGUAGAAGAAAAUGUUUUUUAGCUUUAGAUCAAAAUACUUGUGCUCUUUUUAUAUUUUAAAAUUCCUGUCUUGUGGCGCGGCUAAAAUUACUAAGUGAGUUUUUUUCAGUAAUCGUUGUAACUCGUUCAUUCUUGUAGAUGUACCUGAACCAUGUAUGUUGAAUUUUUGUUUUGGCUUAAAAAAAGAAAAGAAUUUCAAGUGGGAACAAAAAGCAGAAUAAAGGCUUGUCAAAAAGUAGUUUCAGAAUUCAAUUAGGAAGAAAAAAAAACAUGCAAAAUUGUCUCAUUCCUUUUUUGUUAUAUAAUUUUAAGUUAAGAACAAAUCCCUUGGCCAUUUUCUUAAUACACAUUUCCCUAUUAAUUAAUUUUUCAUUCCUUUUGUGGUAAGUAUAUUGGUUUACAAUACUUGUAGUUGCUUUGAAGUGGUAAGUAUGAGAAUCCUGCAUUUGGUCAUGUUUCAGUUUUUUUGGUACAUCUAUUUUAAGUUCCAACUAAAGUAUUGGUUAACAUUGUGGAAAACAAAUAAAAAUUACAUAAUUGCAUUCUCAGCUUCAUGUUUGUAAUUGAAUUUAGAUCAAAAAUAUAUCAGUGCAUGAUUGUUUUAUUCCAUUUUCAUAAAGCAUUUGGCAGGCUCAAAUGUAAAGCUCGGCGACUUUGACAAAAAACAUAUUCUCUUAACCCAUCAGUGCAUGUUUUGCUUGGAUAGUAAUAAAGGAUUGGUGCAUGAAUUGAAUCCAUUCAAGUUGAA